GAUCAUUGUUAUCUACACACUGCAAUUGUAUCCUCAGCUGUUUAUUUAUGUGUGUGUUAACUGAUGAGUGUGAUCUGUGAAGUGUAUAGGCACGAUUAGACAUAUUAUUUGGUAUUUAUGAGAAUCUUACAUGUGCAGUUGUUAAAAUGAGGAGAUUUGAAACCAAUUUAACAGAACCUGCCAAAUCGACAUGGAGUGGUUUUUGGGGCAAAAUCAAAAUCCUUGCCCCCUUCCUGUGGCCGAAGAAGAGUUGCAUGUUACAAAUAGUCGUUAUACUUUGUUUCGUAUUAUUAGGACUCGGAAGGGUCAUAAAUUUGUUCGUUCCAAUAUUUACUAAAUGGAUAGUAAAUAGUUUGAGCCCGGAAGAAGGGGAACCUGCUAGAGUGAGAUGGGAUCUUAUACUGUAUUACGUACUUCUCAAAUUUCUGCAGGGUGGUGGAGUAGGCUCCAUGGGGUUAUUGAACAAUCUUCGAACUUUUUUGUGGAUCAAAGUGCAACAAUACACAGAACGAGAAAUUGAGGUGAAGCUUCUUGCACACCUCCAUAGUUUGUCCCUUCGAUGGCAUCUAAAUAGGAAAACAGGGGAAGUACUUAGGAUCAUGGACAGGGGAACUGAAAGCAUUAACGGUUUAUUGAACGUUUUCAUUUUCAAUAUAUUACCAACUUUGAUAGAUAUUUUCAUAGCUAUUACGUACCUGAUUAUUACCUUUGAUAUUUAUUUUGGAAUAGUCGUCUUCGCAACUAUGGUCUUAUAUAUAGUUGCAACAAUUAGUGUUACCGAAUGGAGGACAAAAUAUCAACGACAGAUGAACUUGGCAGAUAACAAAGCUAAAGCAAAGAGCGUGGAUUCCUUAUUGAAUUUCGAAACCGUAAAAUACUACGGAAAUGAAGAAUAUGAAGUUCAAACUUUCAGGGAUGCCCUGCUUGAUUUCCAGAAAUCCGAAUUCAAAUCAAUAAUCACAUUGAAUAUCCUGAAUACUGCCCAGAAUGUCAUCAUCAAUAGUGGCCUUUUAAUUGGAAGUCUUCUUUGCGUUUACAAGAUUGUCGAGACAAAAGAACUAACAGUAGGAGAUUAUGUUCUCUUCUCUAGUUACAUAGUUCAACUGUAUGGUCCACUUAACUUUUUUGGAAUGUAUUACAGGUCCUUACAAGGCAACUUCGUUGAUAUGGAAAAUUUAUUCGAUCUCCUGAAACAGCAACCCGAAGUAGUGGAUGUAAAAGAUGCCAGAAAUUUAUCAAUUAAAGAAGGAACAGUGGAAUUCAAAAAUGUAUCUUUCGCAUAUAAUACUGAACCAAUUUUGAAGAAUAUAUCGUUUAGAGUGCCAGCUGGAAAAACGUUGGCUUUGGUUGGGCCAUCAGGCAGUGGCAAAAGUACAAUCAUCAGAUUAUUGUUUCGAUUUUACAAUAUUCAAUCUGGAAACAUAUUUGUCGAUGACGAGGAUAUAGAAAAGGUUACCCAGGAAUCUCUGAGGAAAGGAAUUGGUGUGGUUCCACAAGACACUGUUCUUUUUAACAACACAAUCAAAUAUAAUAUUUUAUAUGGUCGAUUGAAUGCUGCAGAGACGGAUGUUAUUGAAGCUGCAAGAGGUGCUGAUAUACACGAGAAAAUUUUGACUUUCACGGACGGCUAUGAGACAGUUGUAGGAGAAAGAGGUUUGAGACUGAGCGGGGGAGAAAAACAGAGGGUAGCCAUAGCUCGAACCCUGUUGAAAGCGCCGAAAAUUGUUCUUUUAGAUGAGGCAACCAGCGCGUUGGACACCCAAACUGAGCGUAAUAUACAAGAAUCCUUGAACAAAAUGUGCUCCAAUAAGACGACCAUCAUAGUGGCUCAUAGACUGUCAACAAUAGUUCAUGCAGACGAGAUCCUGGUGAUCAAAGACGGUUGUAUCGUAGAAAGAGGAAAGCAUGAAAUACUGGUUGGAUUAGGUGGUAUAUACGCUGCAAUGUGGCAGCAGCAGUUGACCUCUAAAGAUGAACAGUUGAAGAUGAACGAAGUGUGUGAUGGAAGUUGAUCUUGGAAAA